GCAAUUCUCAGAGACAGCGUGCGCAGAGACUAUUGCAGAAAAUAUGUCCGACGAAGGAAAGUUGUUCGUCGGCGGCCUGAACUUCGACACAGACGAGCAAUCCCUGGAAGAGGUUUUCUCCAAGUACGGCCAGAUCGCUGAGGUGAAAGUGAUUAAGGACAGAGACACCAUGGCUUCCCGCGGCUUCGGCUUCAUCACUUUCGAGAACCCGGACGACGCCAGGGACGCGCUGCAGGCCAUGAACGGAAAAUCCAUCGACGGGCGGCAGAUCCGAGUGGACCACGCCGAGAAGAAGUCGGGAGGAGGUGGCUACGGCGGAGGCCGAGGCGGUUACGGACGUGGACGAGGAGGCGGUGGCUACGGCUCUCGGCAGUACGAUUCGAGGGCGGACGGCUACUACCGGGGAGACAGCUAUUCCCGGGGCCGGGGAGGAGGCUACGGAGGGCGCAGCUCCUACCAGUGACACUGGUCAUGGUCUAAAUCCGAGGUCUGACCUCCUCCCUCUCGGUUUUGCUAUUUUUUUUGUUUAGGGAAGAGAUGGCGAUCCGUUAAUUUCCCAGCCUCGUGUUUUCCCCACUAGAAUAUAAUUGUUGGCCAUUUUUUUGCCCCCGCCAUGUACCGGUUUGAGAGGCUGGCGGCUGCUGAUCGAUCUCUGCUUGUCCCUGCUCCCGUUAUAUCGGGCGGCUGUAGCCCCAUCGCUAUUGUUCGGCCGAGAGUUUUCAUCUGUUGUGACUUUUUAAGUAAUUAAAAACCAAACCACCUAGGUUGUAUUCUUUGCAUAAUCUGAAGGACAUUUCUAAGAAUGUGUCUUGCCUGGCGGUCGAUCAAGAGAUCGCGAAUUCUAAUAAUCACCGUUGGUUUUUUUUUCAAAGUCAUUUUAUGUGAUAAAAGAAAUUAAAUCCCGCCUCAGGCGUGGUGAAUUCAUUUAUUUUCGAAAAGCAAUAUUGAUGGGAUGUUGAUAACCUUUUUUUGUACGAAACUUGUUUCUUGGAGAAUGGCAAAAAAAAUUAAACAUUAUAAAUUGAA